AUGUUCACCAAAUACACCAUCCCCACGCUCUUCACCCUCCUAACAACCAUAACCGCAACACUCGACCCAGCUACCUCCCACACAAACAGCAGCUACCCCACUGCCCCAAAAUGUGCUCCCAUAAAAACCAGCCGUGCAAUCCAAGCCUCCGAAUGCAGCCACAACACCCGCACAUCCGCCCAAACCUUUGCUGUCUUCACCCAAGACCACAAAUACGACUCCUCGCACGGCGCCCCUUACGGCACCUGCGAAGCGUACAACUGCUCGCCUGGAACAGCCAUGAAGAGCAAACAAGACAUUUGGACCUUCUUUUGGGACAAAGCGGGUGUCAAAGGACAGGAGCCUGGGGAGGGCAUGGGAUGUAUCAAGAGUCCGGUGGAUGGGACGUGUGGGUGUGAGAAUUCCAAUGGAAAGUUUGUGUAUGGGGGGAGUGAUUGUGUUUGA